AUGCCGCCUAGUUCCGCCAGGCUCCGCGAAGAGGGCAGCACGAGUCGCGUGCGCAUCAAGCGGCAGCCCAAGCAGGCCCUGAUGCCGCCGCCGUGGCCCUGGCCGCUGCACUGGCCGCUGGCCUGUGUGCUGCCCGCCGUGCUGCUCGUGCUGCUGCAGGCGUCGCCGGUCGCCGCCAACCACCCUCCGCGCUUCCUCAUCGACGGGCAGACCGAGAUCGUGCUCAGGCUCAAGGAGGGCAACGAGACCCCCGUCGGGAGCCUGAUCUACCGACUGCGGGGCGCGGACCCCGACGGAGACACGCUGACGUUCGGCGUGCGCGGCUCGGAGGGCCAUGACAUGCUGCGCAUCGAGAACCUGGGCACCAACGAGGCCAACGUGUACCUCAACAAGGAGCUGGACAGGGAGGUCCGCGACGAGUACCUGCUGGUGUUGACGCUGACGGACGGCCGCCUCGGCGACGGCAACUUCAUCACGCAGAGCCUGCUGCUGCUCGUGGAGGACGUCAACGACAACGAGCCCGUGUUCAAGCCCUACCCGCCCAGCAUCACGGUGCGCGAGGACGCGGAGCCCGGCGUGCUGGCCACCGUAGAGGCCACGGACCUGGACGAGGGCGCCUACGGACAGGUCGUUUACUACCUCCAAGAGCUGGAUGGCGACGACGAUCUCUUCUCAAUAUCUACAGUGAACGGAAAGGGUGUGUUAAGGUUGGCUGGCCACCUUGACUAUGAGCGCAAAUUCCUUUACCAAAUUCGGGUCUUGGCUGUGGAUCGUGCUAUCAAUGAGAGGGUCAAUACUGGAACAGCAGCCAUUUUAGUUAAGGUUCAAGAUGUCGAGGACCAACCUCCUGAAUUUGUUGUUGUCCCUGCUGUCUCAAGAGUUAGUGAAGAUGCUCGUAUUGGCACCUCCGUGUUACAAGUGAAAGCAGUUGAUGGCGAUCGAGGGAUCAACAACCCAAUAUCAUAUUCCAUAACUCGAGGAGCAUAUGGUGUAUUUGAAAUUGAUGCUAACACUGGGAUUGUGUUUACCCUUCAGAAACUAGACCGAGAAGGACCUCUCACAAACAAUGGCGCUUAUAUUCUUGAAAUCAUGGCUCAAGAAGACUCUAAGUUGGUGCAGCCACCUCCAACUACGAGAACAGAAGUAACAGUUAUCUUGAUGGAUGUUAAUGAUGAAACUCCUACAUUCCGUAGCCCAGCAUAUUUUGCUGAAGUUAAUGAAAAUGCUCCUAUUAAUACUCCUGUUACAUUUCUAAGAAAUGCGGUACCAGAGGUGUUUGAUCAUGAUCAGGGUAAUAAUGGCACAUUCAUGAUGUUCAUCGAGGGAGAUAGAGGAAUCUUUGAAGUGACUCCUCCAAAGGGUAUAAAUGAGGCAGCAUUUCUUGUACGGGUCAAAGACUCAUCUAAAUUGGAUUAUGAGAAGACCAAAGUAAUGAAUUUUACCCUGGUGGCCAAAGAAACUGUACCUAAUAAUGCUAAGUACAGUGCUGUUCCACUAACUGUACAUAUAAGAGAUUCCAAUGAUAAUGUUCCAGAAUUUGAUAAAAAUGUUUAUGAGGUUUCUGUCCCUGAAAACUCAUUGAAGGGAACAACCGUGGCCAAAAUUGUUGCCAAAGAUGCUGAUUCUGGGGAAUUUGGCACUGCUGGUAUUCGUUAUACUGAAUUGCGUGGCAGUGUGGCAGAUAUUCUACACCUGGAUCCCCUGUCUGGUAUCAUUACAAUCAAAGCAGAGGGUACCAGUUUUGAUAGGGAGCAGGCAUCUCGUCAUUACCUCACAGUAGAAGUAAGAGAUGACCUUGGAAGAGGAAACAGAAACACUGUGCAGCUUGUAGUAAAUGUGGCUGAUGUGAAUGACAAUGCUCCUGAAUUUUUACAAAGUGAAUAUGAGGCCCGUUUGUUGGAAGACUCCACUGAAUUUGAAUCUCCUCUUGUUAUUGAAGCAAGGGACCUAGAUCUGAAUGGAACUCGUCAUAGUAUGAUACAUUACAGUAUAAUAGAUGGUGAUCCUUUUGGAAACUUCAGUCUUGAUCCUGUUACGGGUGUCUUAAAACCAACUGCCCCAAUUGACUUUGAACAACUUGUGGGUACAAGAGCUGCGCCAGAAGAAAGUGGUGGGCCAAAUGUCCGGCCUGUUCGCAUGGUGGUGCAAGCUCAGGAUUUGGGUGUACCUCCAAUGUGGUCUCAGGCUCUUGUAACUGUCUAUGUUCAAGAUGUCAAUGACCAUACUCCUCAGUUUGAACAGGGUUAUUACUUGCGUUCAAUCCCUGAAGAUUUACCUGGAGGCAGUUCAGUGCUGCAGGUUAAAGCAUGGGAUGCAGAUGGUUCAUCACCAAAUAACCGAGUGGUCUACCGUAUUCAACAAGGGGCUGAAGAUAAGUUUGUCAUAGAUGCUGACACAGGAAUUGUGUCUGUUGCACAUGGUGCUAAUUUGGAUCCAGACAGAUCAGAUCCAAAGAGCAACUUGUACGCAAUGGUGAUUGUAGCAUUGGAUGGAGGUAUUGGAGCAAGACAAAGACAAGCUGCAGUUCCUGUAAAUAUUACCAUAGUUGAUGUUAAUAACAAAGUACCAGUGUUCCAAGAACCUGGCACCAUUCAUGUCCGAGAAAAUACACCAGUGGGACAAUCUGUGUAUAAAGUUGUAGCAACAGAUUUAGAUGCCAAGCCAGUAUUACGAUUUCGCAUUGAUCCUGACAACUCUGAAGCUCGCAAUGAAGAAGGAACCAUUGUGAAGAGUACUGAAUAUGAUUAUCUGUCAGUUUUUGAAUUGGGUCCUCUUGAUGGCCUUUUGAGAGUGGCACGACUUCUUGACAGAGAGCAGGUAGAAAGUAUCAGACUGGCUCUUGUUGUAGAGGAUUUGGCAGCAGCCAAGGGAAAGCAAAUAGCAUCAGCGGUUUUGACUAUUAUUGUUGAUGAUGAAAAUGACAACAACCCGAAGUUCCGACGGCCGUUCUAUAGGAGAUCCAUUCCAGAAAACAGUCAAACAGGUUCUAUGAUUGUCAGUAUUGUAGCUGAUGAUGCUGACAAAAAUCGCACAAUCACAUAUUCAUUAGAAGCUCCAAGAGCAUUGCAAGAUCUUGUUCACCUGGAUGCUGAAACAGGAGAAAUGGUAGUGGCAAACCGUAUUGACUUUGAACAGCAUAGUUGGCUCAACUUUACUGUCAAAGCUACUGAUUCGGGGGUUCCAUCAAGAGCCAGUCAUGUUGAAGUAUUCAUCCAAAUUCUAGAUGAAAAUGACAAUAACCCAUACUUCAUUGGUGAUAUAACAAAUAUUACAGUGAGAGAGGAUGCACCAAUAGGGACUGAAAUUGCAACAAUUCAAGCUAAGGACGCUGAUUCUGGUGACUAUGGAAAAGUCACUUUCCUUUUGGACAGAAUUUCCUCUUUGGGGAAAUUCCAAAUUGAUCCUGAUACUGGUGUCCUAAAUGUCUCCGACAAGCUUAACCGAGAAGAACAAAGCUCUUAUCUGUUGGUUAUUGAAGCAUGGGAUAAUUACCAAUUUGGAUAUGCAAGUGGAGAAAGUCGCAAUGCCUUUAAACAAAUUGGUGUUAACAUAGUUGAUGUGAAUGAUGAAGUUCCUGUAUUUGAACCCAUAAAUGGCUGUGUACAUAUCUCGGAGUUCCAUGAGCCACAUGAGACUGUAACAGUAGUCAAAGCAUCUGAUGCAGAUGAUCCAAACACACCCAAUGGUCGUAUCAAGUUUGCUAUUGCAAGUGGAAAUGAUCAAGACCUGUUCAAAAUUGAAAAUAUUGAUAUGUGGUCUGCCAGAAUUGUGUCAACAACUUCUCUGAAAGCUCGCUAUGGCAAUUACACCCUGAAACUAUCAGCACAAGAUUUAGGGUCUCCCCCUAACUCUGUUUCAAUGGAUCUGUCUAUCUGUGUUCUUGACAUCAAUGACAAUGCACCACAUUUCAUUAGUCCACCUCACAACAUUACAAUACGAGUGCCGGAGAAUGCAACACUUGGUAGCACUGUUAUUCAAGUGGAAGCAGUUGAUGAAGACAUUGGCCCUAAUGGUGCAGUGCGGUACCGUUUAAGACAGGACUUAUCUGGGGACUGGCGAACGUUUGCUAUUGAUGAUGUCAGUGGUAUCAUACAGCUUCGCCAGCCUCUUGACCGAGAGCGCCAAAAGACAUAUCAGUUGCGAGUAGAGGCUUAUGACCUGGGCAUUCCUACUCCCUUGUCAUCAGACCUGGAUCUAACAAUCUAUGUCCGUAAUGUUAAUGAUUAUGAGCCGCAGUUCCUUGUGGAUGAAUUCACUGUCAAUUUCACAGAGCACAGCCUCCCUGGCCAGGAAAGACGUAUUUUAAUUGAUACAGUUGACAGAGAUGAGGUGGAUGAAUUAGAUGAUCCUCCAACUCCAGUCUGUUAUUACAUCGUGGCUGGAAACAAAGAUGGUCUGUUUGCCCUGGAACCACUCCGCCACGAACUUUUGGUUGCCAAGGAACUGGACAGGGAGAGAGCCUCUGAGCAUGUGCUUCUCAUCAAAGCAUCUGAGGAUUGUUUGCACAGACCAUCUCCUAGAGAUGCAAAGGCUUUAGAUCCUUCUAACAAUAUUUCGUACAUGCCAUCUGACUUCACUGGUAACUUUUCUUUAGUUGAUGGUUGGAUGUUUGAUCCUAAAGAUGACACUCUUCUCCGCGUGAUAGUGAAAGUAACAGACAUUAAUGAUAAUCCACCUCAUUUCGUCAAAAAAGUAUUUACUGGAGGAGUGACUACUGAGGCAGACUUUGGGACAGAAUUCAUGCAAGUUACGGCUGUGGAUCCUGAUGAAGGGGCCAAUGCUGUUGUGAAUUACUACCAAAUUGGAAGAGUCCAAAUGACUCUUAGUGAAGGAAUGGAGAAUAUCCAGCAUCCUCCAUUUUUGGUCGACCGAGAUACAGGCGGUGUCCACCUCAAUUUUGAUCCGCAGCGGGGAAUGAAAGGGUACUUUGAUUUUAUGGUUUUAGCCAAUGAUACUGGUGGUCUUCAAGACAUGGCAAGGGUUUUCAUCUAUUUGCUAAGAGAAGACCAACGAGUAAGAUUUGUGCUUCGUCAGCACCCACCAGAAGUUCGUGAAAAGAUUGAUGUUUUGAGAGAAGUACUAGGCAAUGUAACUGGUGCCAUAGUAAAUGUAGACGAGUACAAAGUGCAUGAAAAUCAUGAUGGCUCAGUAGACAAAACCAAAACAGACCUUUACUUACACUUUGUGAAUAGGAGGGACAACUCUAUUAUGGAAGUUGGUGAUGUAUUGAGAUUGGUUGAUCAGAACAUUGAAAGCCUUGACUCUUUGUUCAAGGAGUUCAAUGUACUGGAUACAAUGCCAGCUGAGGCUGUGCCCCUCAAAGCAGAAGCUGAGCAGCUAGUUUGGGUGUGGUUAGUAAGCAGCACUGUGCUCCUUGGAUUGCUGCUCCUGUUAGUACUUUCAAUAUGCCUCUCUCAAAGAGCUUCAUACCAGAGACAAUUGAAAGCAGCCACCACAACAGCCUUUGGCUCCACUGACUCAGCCCUUGGGCAGGCGACAGGGAGGGUGCCUAAUACAAAUAUGCACAGCACUGAAGGGUCAAACCCCAUAUGGAUGCAGGCGUAUGAAAAUGAGUGGUAUAAGGAAGAAGAUUCAGAAGUGCAAACAUCUGACAGAGACUCUUUGGAUGAGAACGCAGUCACUUCCCAUGCCGAAGCAAUUCGCUCAGCACCUCAACCCAAUGGAGGAACCUUCAUUUCCAGCGAACGUCAAACAGUGUACAGUGACUCUUGCAAUAGCCGGUCUAACAUGCUGCCAGCUGGAGCUUCAAGCGAAACGGCCACAGUCACGGUCUCUGUAGCGCCUCUUAAAGAGCAGAAUGACUUAAAUCGAAUAGGCACUAUGUCGACUUAUCAUCAGAACCUGUACCAACAUUUGGACAAACUCAGUAAUCCUCUCAUAUCUAAGAAGCUUGAAACAACUGAAUUAUAGCCUUAUACCUAAAAGAUAUACUUAAUAUAAAAAAUGAACAAUGACAUCAUAAGUCUGAUUCUUAGCUAUGAUGUACUUUACUGUACAUUUCUAAAUCCAUAGAGGCUUUAUUUCUUGGCUGGUGCUUAUCCACAGCUCAGCUCACCUUUUCAUCUGCCAUGUAGAUUUGAGUAAUAGUAACUUAAUGUGGCUAACUAGAUUCCAGACAUCCUCUAAGCUCUGAUAAUAAUAUUUAAUAACAGGGUAUGAAACCCACUUGUGUACCUCACACAAUAUGAACAAAGUACAAUUUACCCCUGUGUCAUCAUGCAGCAAAAUGUGAAGAUUAGUACUUGGCCACAUUAUCCUUUCUGUCCAUCUUUCUUUCCUUAAUUUUAAUGUGGUGUUGAUGUAAUGCUUGGGUUACAAAUUUUAGCUUCCCAAUAUUUUUUAACAUGAUGCAGUAGGUUCCAUUUGCUAGGUAUGCAGGUCUUCUCUUGAAGGCUUUUAAAUCAUGCAUGCUAUUUCUUUUUGCCAUACUGUUUGCAAAUGUAACUUUACUUGAAGAAACAUUUUAUUUCACCUUACCUUUGCUUCUCUUUUGUGUGUUUUGUUCUGUUGCUUGGUUUUGAAGCUAUGUCACAAGUAUGUGUUUAAUUGUAAUUUUAUGAUUGGAAUGUCUCUGCUCGACAAGUUUUGCAACAAUUUUCAUCUGUUUUUAACCAAGUGCCGUGACUGAUGAUUUUUUUUAAAACUUGAGUGUCAUCCAUUAUUUAUGUGAUUUGAAUAGACCUAUGUAGCACAUCAAGUAUUUAUUUCACUGUCUAUCACAUCAUGCACGCUUAGUACGGUACGAGCGUGUCAAAUACUACUUCCAUUUUCUCUGAAGAAUUGCAUUGAUGUUGAUUUCAUAUUUAUUAGGAACUAUUGUGUGCAGGCUGUUCAUAUUUGACACUGUGCUGUCUGUAUUUUAGUGAUGUUUUAAACAAGGACUGGUACAAUGGAUUUUUAUUGUCAGGCCUGAAAAAAUGUUAAUUAUUGUAAAUAGCCAUUUUAAGGUGAUAAUAAUAUCAGAAGACAAAAUUUAUUCCAUGUCAGUGACUCAUUCCUUUCAUAGAUAUUUAAGCCUACAAUUGAUUGGUUUUUCUACCUUUGCCUUUUGAGGUCAAGCUAGAACCAGUAAACCUCAAAAUUAGGAUUUAAAUUGCAAAAUAACAUUUGUAGAUCUGAUCUGUUACCAGUGUUUACUCUGUAAAUUUGAUGGUUCAACUUGUAUAAUAAGAAGCUAAUCGAAGUGCCUUAUUUUAAGAUGUAAUGAAGAUUCUGCCAUUUUUCUAUGUAUUAAUUAUAUAUAUGUUAGGUGAGUUUAAAUUAUUUAUGCCAAUGACAAAAACCUUGUACAUUUUGAAUUGAGUCAAAUAGUAAAUUGACCUAAUGGUGUUUCUUUCCACUAACUGCUAACUGAAAAGUUGAUUAAAACACGAAACCGGUGAGUUUUAGAAGCGUGCAAUAUUGCUCAUGGCAAAAAUAUGUUUACAAGGAUCUGAAGCUUCUGUAUAAAUCUAAGCUCAUACCAAAUACUAAAUUGUAAUGUAUCCAUUUCUUGAAAGGAAUUUGUAAAUAUUGUUUUUGUAUGUUUAAAUGUAAUUAGUGUAAUUAGUAUUGAAAACUACAUUUUGUACCAUGACAACGAACCUUUUGUAUAAUAAAAGUCCCAUAUUCAAAGA